GCCGGGCCGUCUCCCACGGGGAGAGCCGGGGCUGUUACCCUGGGGGAGGCAGCUGUUACUCUGCAAUCGAGUUCAUUUGUAGUGGGAACAAACGCGUGAGGAAGAUCGUGAGGGUCACAGUAGGACGCCGUUUCACACGCAGUUGUUUACGUUAGUCUGACACUGUAAAGCUGUGACAUUUUGUGUACACUAAUAUAAGAUGGAGUUGUAGCCGGUACGCAGUAUGAUGCUGUUCCAAUCCAGUCAAGUGUAGUGUUAUGCUCCUGCUCAUCCCCAUCAAUGGUGAGGAACGAAGCAGAUUCCAGCACUCCAUCUGUCAUUUCUCCCUGUGGCAGCAGACAGGGAUCUAACAUGGAAAGCACAGCACCUGAAUCAAGAUCUAAUUCCAGCUCCUUGCAGCAACAUACAGGACAGCAGCCUCCACAGCCUCGAAAGAAACGACCUGAUGACUUCAAAUUUGGGAAAAUUCUGGGCGAAGGAUCUUUCUCAACGGUUGUCUUGGCUCGAGAAUUGGCAAGUUCUAGAGAGUAUGCCAUUAAAAUUCUAGAAAAACGUCAUAUCAUAAAAGAGAACAAGGUGCCAUAUGUGACACGAGAGAGAGAUGUAAUGUCCCGUCUGGAUCACCCUUUUUUUGUGAAACUCUACUUCACCUUUCAGGAUGAUGAAAAGCUAUAUUUUGGGCUUAGCUAUGCCAAAAACGGAGAGCUGCUAAAGUAUAUACGCAAAAUUGGUUCAUUUGAUGAGACCUGUACCAGGUUUUAUACUGCUGAAAUUGUAUCAGCCCUGGAGUAUUUGCAUGGGAAAGGAAUAAUUCACAGGGACCUUAAGCCAGAGAACAUCUUAUUAAAUGAAGAUAUGCACAUUCAAAUAACAGACUUUGGAACAGCGAAAGUAUUAUCUGCAGAUAGCAGACAAGCACGGGCAAAUUCAUUUGUUGGGACAGCACAGUAUGUUUCUCCAGAACUGCUGACAGAGAAAUCUGCCUGUAAAAGCUCUGACCUCUGGGCUCUGGGAUGUAUAAUAUAUCAACUUGUAGCUGGAUUGCCUCCAUUUAGAGCCGGAAAUGAAUAUCUUAUAUUCCAGAAGAUAAUAAAGUUGGAAUAUGACUUUCCAGAAAAAUUUUUUCCCAAGGCGAAAGACCUUGUUGAAAAGUUAUUGGUUCUAGAUGCUACCAACAGAUUAGGUUGUGAAGAAAUGGGAGGAUAUGGACCUCUUAAGGCUCAUCCCUUCUUCGAAUCCAUUGUGUGGGAGAACCUACAUCUUCAGACACCUCCUAAACUUACAGCAUAUUUACCUGCUAUGUCAGAGGAUGAUGAAGACUGUUAUGGAAAUUAUGACAAUCUCCUGAGUCAGUUUGGUUGCAUGCAAGUUUCUAGUUCUGCCUCUUCCCAUUCACUGUCUGUCCCAGAGACAAGUACACCACAGACAUCAGGAGGAAAUAUUGAACAGUAUAUUCAUGAUCUUGACACCAAUUCCUUUGAGCUGGACUUACAGUUUUCUGAAGAUGAGAAGAGGUUACUUCUGGCAAAACAAGCUGGUGGAAAUCCUUGGCAUCAGUUUGUAGAAAAUAACUUAAUCCUGAAAAUGGGUCCAGUGGACAAAAGAAAGGGAUUGUUUGCACGUCGGCGCCAAUUGCUGCUCACAGAAGGGCCCCACUUGUAUUAUGUGGAUCCUGUCAACAAAGUUCUAAAAGGAGAAAUUCCAUGGUCAUUAGAGUUGCGGCCAGAAGCCAAGAAUUUUAAGACAUUUUUUGUUCAUACGCCAAACAGGACAUAUUACCUGAUGGACCCAAGUGGGAAUGCUCAUAAAUGGUGCAAAAAGAUACAUGAAGUUUGGCGGAACAGAUACCACCAGAAUGCUGCAAAAUAGUAAAGCUCAUCCAAAAUUUCCCAGUUUCCCUACUUGCUGCUAGAACUCCGUGUGCAGCCGAUCAGAGGAAUCUUUUCAACCCACCUAUUACCAUCUCAAGGGGAAGCAUAUGUUCGAAAUGUUCUUUUUUUUUUUUUUUUUUUAAGAAAGAAAAAAAGGAAGAAAAGCAAAAACCUAAUGGAAUUCAGGGUUGCUUUGCUCGCUCUUUGUGCUUAUUUUGAGGCUUCCACAUGCAUAUCAUUGCAGUGAAGAUCUUGCUUUUGUGCACUUCAGCUCAGUUUCUGCUGCAGACUAGUGGAUAGACCUUGCAUUACCAGCUUCACUUAAGAUGAGUUAAAACCAAUCCACACGCACACAUGCCGAAUCAUGUACCAGCCUUGCAUUUCAUGGGGCUGGAGUUUUCUGUGACUCUCAGAUUAUCAUUAAACUGUAUUUCAUCAGGGAGCUUUUAUAUGCCUCUCCUAAGCACCACCUCUUUUUUCUCUUCCUUUCCUCACAGUCCCCCAGCUUAUUGGUAUAUGGCAUUUGUAGCCAGGUCAGUUGCACCCUUGUGUAAUUCCUAAUAUAGUUCUGGUUGCAGGAUUUACGUGGUACUUUAGCAAUUACGUGAAUGAGUCAGAUGUAUGUGUCUGGCAGACAGGCUCCAAUGAUAAAGGUUUUGAGAGAGUAAAAUGCUGAACGUGGCACUGAAAGUUUCCUAAAAUUGAAAUGUUGGCUUCUGAACCAUAUAAGAUUUUAAACAUUCAGUUUAAAUUUUAAUAUGAAUCAUGUGUGUUUAAUCAAGGGACGAUAAACUUACCAGCACGCUUUUAACUAAUGCUAACUAAAAAAGAAGCUAGUUAGUAUGGGGGGAAAAGGUUACUGUUGGAGUAGUAAAUAGUUUUUCACCUUUUCAGCAGAUGAGAGUUAGAAGCUUUCUUCCCAGGGUGUGCAUGUUUUGUGCGUUUUAGUGGGGCCAACCUGUUUACUUGGGUAGAGAAGGAAGUGUGAAAGCUUUGUACAAUUGAUUACUUGACUUUUUUUGUCUCAUUGUAUAAUGAGUUGUCAAAUAAUCCUCUUUUUGGUCCUUGGCCAAAUAUUCAGGAACUCUAGAAAAAAAUGUAAGCAAUUGAAAUAUUAGAUAAUAAAGUAAUCUGGUUAGAAAAUCAAAAGAAAAUAUUCGUACAAAGGGGAAAAUAUAUGGUACUUAAAGCAUAUCUAUAAAAUGAAAAUAUUUUUCAUAUCGAUCUCCUUUAUUCUGUUCAAAUUAAGGCUUUUUUGUGGUCAAACAUUUCUCACGGUGUUGCAAAGACACAACUUUGUGUGCUAAAACCAACUCCCUUAAUGGUAUUUUCAACAUGCCUGUGUUCCUGAACCUUGCAGAGAGGAAUGACCAAGGUCUGGACAAAGGCAUUCCUCCUUUUUUUAAAAAGCAGUAUAAACAUCACACCUAUUUAUUCAUUUUCCACACAUACCAUCUCUUUGAAUUUUGAGUUGUCAUACUAUGAUAUGCUUUUCCUUCCACCAAAGAAAGGUUUCACUACAAUGUUGAAAAAUCUCGUGGGGUACUGUUCUAGAAGCAGUAUUUUAAAAGCAGUGGCUUAUCAGGAUUUCUCUGAAAACACAUGCAUGUUGAAUAUUUUCUCGUACAGGGUGAAGGAGAUUUAUUAUUGAGCUCUUAAAAAAUGUGUUAUGUGGUUGAACUUGAUGGCAGUUCAGCUUUUCCAGUAUCUUUCACUCUUUAAAAGAGACAGUGCAGUUGCCUUUUCUUCUGGAGGAACUGCAUUCUGGUAGUCUUCUGUAUCCCACCAUGUCCGCAGGCCUGAGAGAAGUAAAUUCCUGGCUUACAGUGCCUGGUGUUAAGGGAGUGAAGGUGUCCUGUAAAUGGUUGAGAUGAGGAAGAGAGAACAGCAUUCCCUUUUGCAUCAUGAGCAAUUUCAUCACACACAAAGUACACUCCCUGUCACUCAAAUUGGAAUAGCACAAUGCACCUCUGAUCUGUGUCUGUAUUAAGCUAUAUUUGCCAUUCUAACCAAGAUGACAGGUAUUUUAAGUUUGUUGCAGUGCUAUCCAUUUGUUCUCCGGCUGUCAAAUUCCAGCCAUAUGUUGUGUCCACUGGAGGCAACUCUACCACUUUUGGAUUUAGGCUCUGGUGUAGAGAUGUAGACGUAUUCCCAGCUUUAUACAGGAGAGUUUGGCAGUAAUGGAGAUUCACGGUGCCACUGCUGUGCAGUGUGACAAACCCUGGUCUCACACAAAAGUCUGGCAAAAUGAUCUCCAUUGGUUUGUUCACUAGGUGGAAAUCUAACUAUGCUUAACCAUGUUUUCUGUAAUAUUUAGACUUUUAGUCGUUUUGCCAUAGCAAAGCAAUUACUAUGCUUUUUCACACCUGGAAAAUCCUCUCUCAGUAGACUUCUGUCCUGCCCACCAAAAGCUUUCAGCCAGCCAGAUCUUGGUAGCAGGAAGCUGUCAAGAAGGCUGAUGUCUGCAUUCUAGAAUUCCUUUUUUUAAUUGACAAUGCUGUCAUUAGAAAACUGUGAGCAUCUCAUACAGGCAUCCCUCCACUUAGAGCUUCAGUGUUCCUAAUCCAGUCUUACUUAGCUGUUGGUUUUUUGAGAAGGAUCUAGAAUUUUUCUGGGAGAGGUCUUCGUAUUUCUUGUACUGUAAGUGAAAUCUCUGGUUUUGAAAGGUGGCAGAAGAACAGUGAGGCAACACAAAGCAAUUGUGGGUUCAAGUAUGUUUUACCAGUUUGUCCACUUAAAUGUGUAUUGACAGGCGCUGCAUACUAUGACGGGCUGGCUCCCAUUUUAAAUGCUUAUACCUGGGGUAGGUUCUAAUCUUUGUCCUGAAGAUCACUCCUAAGGUUCAUGGAAGUUCAUGGAAUGAAAUGUACACAGGAGGUUCUUCAGAGCUGCAGAUAAGCCAGGUGAUUUUUCUGCUUUUAAUCCAAGGUUUUCAAAGCAUAAAAAAAAAGUUGUUAAUCACUAGAAGACUCUUCUUAAGACUCUUCCUGACUGCAAACCUACAGAAAACCCAGUCUAUCGAUUCAUUCCAUCUUUUGCAAUUUGAACAAUUACCAAUCAUUUAUGAAGAAUCUGGUCAAUAGUAUUGUAAUUUUUCAUUGCUGGGGAUUUGAAUUUCAGAAAGGUGUCUAUUGCAUCAGUUUUCUGUGUUGUGGAGCUUAAGAAAGGAUGAAGUACUACUU